AUGGACGCUGAUGCGAUUCUCAAGAAGGACCAAAGGCGCAGCUCGUUGAAACAGCGAAAUCUACUGUUGAGCAUGAGGCUAAACCAGACCACAGCAACGAACGGGGCGCCACCGCAGGCGCGGGUGCAGCCGGGGAAGGGCUACCGGAAUCCCGGGAAGGUGCUCUCGCCCAUCCGCAAUCAGGAAAUGUCGCCGGGCAAGCGGCCGACGCUAGAAAUCUCGGAGCUCAAGAACGUGUCGCCUAUCAACCAGGCACACAAGACGGGCAAGGCGCGGGCCGGCGGGGUGCCGCUUUCGAAGCUGCAGAACUUGAAGCUCGCGGACUUCGAGAUCGGCAAGGUUCUCGGCAAGGGGAAGUUCGGACGGGUGUACUGCGUGCGACACAUCGAGAGCGGGUUUGUGUGCGCGCUCAAGGCGAUGGAGAAGAAAGACAUCAUUCAAUACAACAUCGAAAAGCAGUUCCGACGGGAGGUGGAGAUCCAGUCCUCGCUCCGACACCCUAACUUGACGCAAUUGUACGGGUACUUCCACGACGAGAAGCGCGUGUACUUGCUCAUGGAGUACUUGGUCAACGGGGAGUUGUACAAGCACUUGAAGGGCCGCAGCCACUUCAACGACGUGGUAGCGUCGUACUAUGUGUACCAGAUGGCGGAUGCGCUUGACUACAUGCACGAGCGCAACAUCUUGCACAGGGAUAUCAAGCCAGAGAACAUCAUCAUCGGGUUCAACAACACAAUCAAGCUCACGGACUUCGGCUGGAGUGUGAUUACGCCUAAGGGCUCCAAGCGGAAGACGUUAUGCGGAACGGUGGACUACUUGUCGCCGGAGUUGAUCCGGUCGCGCGAGUAUAACGAGAAGGUCGACGUGUGGGCCUUGGGGGUGCUCACGUAUGAGCUACUUGUGGGGUCCCCGCCGUUCGAGGAAGAGUCGAAGGAAUUGACAUAUAAGCGAAUACUCAAGCGCAACUUGAUUUUUCCAGACCACGUCGACACUGAGGCGCGACAUCUAAUCAGCAGACUACUUGAGUAUGACCCCGGGGACCGGAUCCCGCUGAAGGAGGUCAAGAAGCAUCCGUGGAUCGAAAAGAACAAGCCGUUCUGGUAG